GUCAAAAACGUUUUAUAUUAGGUCAUCUUUGAUGGGUAUAUAUAGGCAGGUAGAUAUGAAGCGCCUGAGUAUUUAAGAAGGGGAGUGCUUUUAAAGCUGCAUGUGCAGAUCUCUUCUCAGACGUCAUCUGAGUCCCAUCCUCUUGGUCUCAGCAGCACACAGUCUUUUUGAACAAGAAGAUUUUUUACAAAGUCAUGGCGACCUACACAGUGACGGCACACACUGGAAACCGAUCCUUUUCUGGGACCACGAGCUACGUUUACGUCCAACUGCGUGGAUCUGACGCUGAGAGCCAGGAGGAGAAUGUACACAGGCGCUUUUUGUCUUUCGGCUUCUUCAAAGGAUCGGAACGAACAAUUACGUUGGAGAGUGAAUCAUUCCUAGGGGAACUCAUCUAUUUAAAUCUCCGCACCAAGGCAUUUUUGGGCCUUGACAACCAAUGGUUCUGUAAUAAGAUCACUGUGAAGACGCCUGAGGGGGAAGACAUUUUGUUUCCUUGUUACCGCUGGCUUGGCAGUGAUGAGACCGUUGUGUUAAGACCUGCCAAAGCUUCACUCGUGUUCCAGGACACCAACCCAAUUGCCCAAAAGACAAGGUUGAGUCAACUAGAAGGACGACAGAAGUUGAUUAGGUGGAGUGUGUAUGCUGAAGGCCUGCCCCGGAUUGUCAAUUACGAAUCUGCCCUUCUUCUGCCAGAGGAACUUUCCUUCUCUUUCUCGAAGGAAACCGAGUUCUCCUACACAGCAGGAAAGCAAUUAAUUUAUCUGAAGCUCAAUGGAUUAGCUGACAACAGAGAUUCCUGGGAAAGCAUCGACCAGCUGCACCAGAUCCUUUGUGACAUCACAAACACAACCAUUGAAUACGUAGAGGACCACUGGGACGAGGACGAGUUCUUUGGCUACCAGUUCCUGAAUGGCAUAAACCCCAUGCUGAUCCAGCGCUGCUCAGAACUACCUGAGAACUUCCCCGUCACAGAGGAGAUGGUCAAAGACCUUCUCGGAGAACACACCUUGGAGUCGGAGAUAGUGAAAGGGAACGUCUUCCUGUGUGACUACAAGAUGUUGGAUGGGCUUGUGGGAAAUGUAGUUGCUGGCAGGCAGCAGUAUCUCACCGCUCCCCUGGUUCUGCUCUACUGCAACCCUCAGGGCAAGAUGCUGCCCAUCGCCAUACAGCUAGGGCAAACCCCUGGACCCGAGAACCCCAUCUUCCUGCCCUCCGACCCCAAGUAUGACUGGCUGCUGGCUAAGAUCUUUGUGCGGGCCGCAGAGUUCAGUGUGCAAGAGCUCGACUCUCACCUGCUGAGAACUCACCUGCUGUCUGAGGUGUUCGCCAUGGCAACGUUGCGGAACCUUCCAUCCCCGCACCCCCUUUUCAAGCUCGUCAUUCCUCACACACGCUACACACUCCACAUCAAUAUCCUGGCAAGAAAUACAUUGAUCUCCGACGAUGGCGCCAUUACCUUGUAUUCCGGCAUUGGUGGAGAGUCAUUGCUGAAGUUGCUGCGGCGUGCCACCUCGUCCCUGACCUACAGCUCCCUCUGUCUGCCUGAGAACAUCUCUGAGAGAGGCCUGGAGGACGUCCCCAACUACUACUACAGAGAUGACGGCAUGAAACUGUGGAACAUCAUCCACAAGUACGCUGAAGGAGUCGUGCAACAUUACUACACAUCUGAUGAGCAUGUGCAGAAGGACACAGAACUGCAGAGCUGGAUCAGAGAGAUUUUCACCAGCGGAUUCCUGGGAAGGAGCAGCACAGGCACUCCCGAGUCUUUUCAGGCAGUGAGUGAUCUCAUUAAGUUUGUUACCAUGGUGAUCUUCACUGCAUCUGCUCAACAUGCAGCUGUCAACAAUGGACAGUUUGACUUUGGCGGCUGGAUGCCCAACUACCCCACUGCCCUCAGAAAGCCUCCUCCUAAGGAGAAAGGCCAGACCACGAUGAGCACCAUUCUGGAGACCUUACCUGAUAUAGGUACGACGGUGAAUGGCAUGGCUGUCCUGAGCCUGCUGAGCAAAACAUUUGCAGAUCAGUAUCCUUUGGGAAGUUUCCCAGAAGAUCUGUUUGAUGAAGAGGUCCCUUGCAAGCUCAUUGAAGAUUUUCAGAAGGAUCUGAGAGAGUUGUCUAUUCUUAUUGAGGAGCGGAAUAAUAAGCUGGAGCUUCCCUAUACCUAUCUGAGCCCCCAAAAUGUAGAGAAUAGUGUCGCCAUUUGAAAACAUGUAUUUUUUUCUAUGACUCAAUAGCCUUGUCAAUACACUGUAAGUGAAUGCUAAAUCAUAAGUAAAUAUAAUUGAAGACCAAAGUAAAUAGAACUGAAAUUGAGGUAAUGGAUAAAGCUUUUCAAUAUCUUUCAAAAUGAGAAGCUUGUAUCAUGAAUAUCAUUUCAUGUCGUUACACAAGAGUACUAUGAAGAAAAUUGGGAAGAUGUGUGACUAUGAUUGUCCUUGUGUUGCUCAUGUUGAUAUAGCCUACUGUAAGUCACAUUAUAAGGAACGUUUAAAGUGAUGCAAUUCGUGUGUGUGAAAGUGUGGUAAUGUGCACAGUUGACGUUGGUCAAGCAAUGGCAACAUACACUAUGGGCCUCUCUCAACAUCCCUCCUCAAUCCUCGAUGCUCAGUCCUCCAGACUCGUUCCCACUGAUCUACAGUAUAGCACUCCAUUGUUGCCACCCCGUCAUUCUUUAUCUAGAUCAGUGAGGACGAGGACCGAGGAAGGAAGGGAGGAAGGAAGGGAGGAUGUAUAAAACAUGAAUGAGAGGCACCUUGUGAGAGAUACUGCACCCCAACCCCCAGAAACAUUUAGCAAACACUUCACCGUUUUUCAUAUUAAACUAUGUUAUUCCCUUAAUUAAGACGAGUUGAUACAUACCUCUCACGUUUCAAUGCGUGCGUGCACUCACUGGCUCUGGCGCGCGGCGCAACUUUGAUAGCAUUUAGCUAGCCCAAUGCAUUCAUUAGGAUUCAAACAGAGAUGAAGUUAGAAGCGACCAAACACCUCCAUGUUUUCCCAAUUAAAAUACAGUUACACGAGUAGUCACACAACCAAGUAUGGUGAGACAAAAUAAAACGUGGUGCAUUUGUAAGCAGGUAAGAGGGAUAACUAUAUUGUGUGGCGGAAUAACAUUGGGAGCACUUAGACUCUGCGCAGUAAUAUCCUCACUCCAAAGUGAAGCUGAAAGUGCAAGAGUGAGGAUAUUACUGUGCCAUUCUUAAUUAAGGUCUUAAUUAAGGGAAUAACAUAGUUUAAUAUAAAAAAAUGGUGAAGUGUUCCUUUAAGUCAAUGCCCAAUUUCUGCACACUUUCCGUCAGGGAAUAUAGGGCCUACACGAUGCCUAAAACACGCAUGAUCUGUUGCCUCCCCUAUUAUCCAGACAUCUGAGACUAAAAAUUACCUUACUGUAUUGUAACUGAUGGGUGUACAGUCACUAAAUGUACACAUACAGUGGGGAGAACAUGUAUUUGAUACCAUGCUAAAGUUGCAUAAAAAGAGAAAUAUAAAAUCA